ACACACACACAAGGCUGUCAGUGAUGUCAUUUGCCAGAAGGUGAAAAAGCAGACGAGGCAGGUGGAGGGGAGUGUGUGUCUGCUACAGACGUUUUAACAGCCACAUCGUUCAUGAUUUUUGGAGCAGCUUUGCAGAGCUCAGAGGGACACACACACACACACACACACACACACACUACGCGAUGCGCCACAUUCAGACGGGCGGCUGCACGGAAAAUGGUGGCGCUUAAUUCAACGGCUGGCUGAUAACCACUCCUUUAAUUAUUUUCCCUUUAUACUAACGCCUGGGGACAACCAUAUUCGACCAUGAAUCCGGCAGAACAGACGGUUACAUGGCUCAUAACGCUCGGUGUGAUGGAGUCGCCGAAGAAGAGCGUGUCGGACCCGGCCGCGUUUCUGCAGUGCGCGCUGAAGGACGGAGUCGUGCUCUGCAGGCUGAUCGAGCGCCUGCGCCCCGGUACCACCGAGCAAGUUUUCCAGGAGCCCAGAAGCGACAGCGAGUGUCUGAGCAACAUAAAGGAGUUUCUGAAAGGCUGUGCUGCGUUUCGUGUCGAGCCGUUUGAGGCAAGUGACCUGCUGCAAGGCCAGAACUUCAGCAAAGUUCUCACUACAUUGGUGGCACUCAACAAAGUGACUGCAGAUAUUGGCAUUGGCAGUGAUUCUGUAUGCACCCGUCACUCUACCGCCCAUCGCAUCAAGUCCUUUGAAUCUCUGGUGUCACAGACCUCACUGGGCCGAUCGUCCAAACUCCUCCAUAACCAGUUCCGAAGCCUGGAUAUGACAGAGAAUAGUAACACCCAGUUGGUGGUGAAAGCUCGCUUCAACUUCCAGCAGACCAAUGAGGAUGAGCUCUCCUUCACCAAGGGUGACAUCAUCACAGUCACCCGCACGGAGGAGGGGGGAUGGUGGGAGGGAAACCUCAAUGGAAAGACUGGCUGGUUUCCAAGCAACUAUGUCAGAGAGGUCAAAGGUUGUGACAAACAAGUUUCCCCCAAAUCUGGAACACUUAAAAGCCCCCCUAAAGGUUUUGACACCACUGCCAUUAGCAAAACCUACUACAACCUGGUGCUACAGAACAUUUUAGAAACGGAGACAGAGUACUCAAAGGAGCUUCAGAAUCUUCUGACCAACUACCUGAGGCCACUUCAGAACACAGAAAAACUUACCUCAGCAGACAUCAGUGUAAUCAUGGGAAACCUGGAGGAAAUCAGCACCUUCCAACAAACUCUUGUCCAGUCACUAGAGGACUGCACUAAACUUCCAGAGCUGCAACAGAAAGUAGGGGGCUUUUUCUUAAACCUUAUGCCAAAAAUGCGAGCAUUGUAUACAGGUUACUGCUCAAACCAUCCAUCAGCUGUUAACAUUCUCACUGAUCACAGUGAGGAGCUAGGAGACUUCAUGGAGAGUAGAGGAGCAAGUUCUCCAGGAAUCCUCACUUUGACCACAGGCCUUAGCAAACCUUUCAUGAGACUAGACAAAUACCCAACUUUACUGAAAGAACUGGAGAGACACAUGGAGGAGGGUCACCCAGAUCGGACUGAAAUUCAAAAGUGCAUGACCGCAUUCAAGAAUCUUUCUGCCCAGUGUCAGGAGGUGCGGAAACGGAAGGAGCUGGAGCUGCAAAUUCUCACAGAAUCCAUUCGUUUGUGGGAGGGUGAAGACAUCAAGACUUUUGGCUCUGUGAUCUACAUGAGCCAGGCCAUGGUACAGAACCAAGGCUGUGAGGAAAGGAAUGAACGUUACCUCAUGCUUUUCCCUCAUGUUCUGCUUAUCCUUUCGGCCAGCCCAAGGAUGAGUGGCUUUAUCUACCAGGGCAAGCUGCCUUUGAGUGGAAUGACAGUAACUCCUUUAGAGGACUGUGAAAGCCACAAAAAUGCUUUUGAGCUCUCAGGUUGCAUGUUUGAGAGGCUGCAGGUUAUCUGCUUUAAUAAGCAUGAUCAACAGGAUUGGCUGGAACACCUGAACCGCCAGACCAAACACACCACCAUGACGGCCCCAAGCAUGAAGCCACUCACGGUCCCUUGCCACACACUCCCAUCCCACCCUCUAACUCCAUCCAGGCACGCAGAGAACCGAGGCCUGACUGUGGCUCCUGCCUACCACACGCUCCCUCACUCCUCCUCUCACGGAGCUCCACACAGCACUGUAAUGUGGGGGCCUCUGGAACCUCCCAAAACCCAGAAACCUUGGAGUCUGAGUUGCCUGAGGCCAGCGCCCCCACUCAGACCAUCAGCUGCCCUCUGCUAUAAAGAGGAUCUUAGUAAAAGCCCCAAAAGUAUGAAGAAGCUGCUGCCUAAACGGAAACCUGAAAGGAAGCCGUCUGAUGAGGAGUUUGCAUUGAGGAAAAGUACUGUAGCACUUGAAGAGGAUGCUCAGAUCCUGAAAGUGAUUGAGGCCUACUGUACAAGUGCCAAAACUCGACAGACUCUCAAUUCAACGUGGCAGGGCACUGAUCUGAUGCAUAACCACGUGUUGGAUCAGUCAAGCAUGGAGUGUAUGGGCCGUCGCAGCAGCAUCUCUCGGCCCGAGGGCAGCUCGGACCUUUCAGAGGACUCGGACUAUGACAGUAUAUGGACGGCUCACUCUUACAGAAUGGGGCCGGUUUCCCGAGAGAGGAGAGACACUGCUCCAGCCCUGAUACUACCUGCAGAGGAGAAGAUAAUUGUGGAGGAGAUCAAAAGCAAUGGACAGACUGUUAUAGAAGAGAAGAGUCUCGUAGAUGUUGUUUAUUCACUUAGAGACGAAGUCCAAGAACUUAAACAGGACAGUAAGAAAAUGAAACGAUCUCUGGAAGAGGAGCAGCGAGCUCGUAAAGAUCUGGAGAGAAUUGUACGGAAAGUUCUAAAGAAUAUGAAUGACCCAUCUUGGGAUGAGACCAAUUUGUGAGAUCAUGAGAAAGCAUCUUACAGGUUUGGUAGCAUUUGUGGGGAUUUUAAAUUUUAUAUUUCCCAUGAAUUUGGAACCAGUUCUGCUUAUAAAUAUAGAUCAACACUCUCAGCUCAUUAUCUUGAUAUUAGUGCACUUGCAUCUCACUGCAAUCUCUGAAGUUGACAUGCAGAUGCUUUAUACCAAGGAUCUACAUUGUAUGGCUGAAAGUAUGUGGACAUCUGAUCUUCACACUCUUAAGUGCUUUUUGAAAAGCCCAUUCUAUAUUUAGUCCCCCCUUGCUGUAAUAAUAACCUCCACACUUUUGGGAUGGCUUUCCACUAGAUUUUGGAGUGUGGCUUUGAGGAUUUGUCCAUUCGGCUACAAGAGCAUUAGUGAAGUCAGGCACUGAUGUCAGGUGAGGAGGCCUGGUGCGCAGUCGGCGUGCCAAUUCAUCCCAACAGUGUUCAGUGGGGUUGAGGUCAGGGCUCUGUGCAGGCCACUGGAGUUUUUUCACACCAACCUUGGCAAACCAGGUCUUCGUGGACCUUGCUUUGUGCACAGGGGCAUUGUCAUGCAGAAAUGAGUUUUGGCCCCUUAGUUCCGGUGAAGGGAAUUUGUAAUGCUACAGCAUACAAAGACAUUCUACAAUUGUGUGCUUCCAGCUUUGUGGUAACAGUUUGGAGAAGAACCACAUAUGGGUGUGAUGUUUGCUGACACCUGACUCUUUGGCAAUAUAGUGUACUUUGGAGCUGUGAAAGGGAAAAAAAAAAAGACAGUCCCAAAAUACAAAUCAUAGGCAGACCAUCUCUACAUUGCUUUAGCAUUAUGUAUUUAUGACCAAUUACAGUAAAUACUUAAUAUGUUAAUAUGUUUGAAAUUUGUUAUUGACCAAUUGUGUUGGAAAUUGAGAUUAAUAAAAUUUGCACAAUUCCUCUUUAACCCAAAUUCCACAUAGUUGAGUUCAGGUCAUUACUUAGUGGAAUCGUGUAAAAUAACUAAUGGGUGUAAUUCUCUUCAAAGAAAUACUUGGACCUUACAAUUGACAUGACCACGCAACUAUGCUAGAAAGGAAGUGGUUGUUAUCCUACAUGAACUCUUCCUGGUUCUUUUCAGCUACUAUACUGAUGCAGGAAACCUCACUGAGAAUUGUAUAUAUUACUGCUGUGCAUUAACUGUAAACUUGUGUUUAGAGAUACUCCAUAUGUGUAAUUUAUAAAUAUUAUAGAGCUAUGGUACUUAUUCCAAAUGUCCAACUUUUUUCAUUUACAUUUAGAAGGUGACCUGGAACUAACCCUUCAAUGACUAAUUCAGCUAGGUUUCAGCACACUCCUCCAUAUAAUGAAUACAAAUUAACUUUUAAAAGUAAUAAUACAUGUUAUAUUAGGGUUUUUCAUGAAGCAAUUAAUGCCAUGGAGGGUCUUUUAUUUAACAGUGUAUUUAAAAAUGUUGGUAACCUAUAUUACUAAUAGCUCUUGAAACAUGAUUCUAUACUACUUGUAGCUACACUUAUGUAUGGACUGAUCUUUCUGUGAGUGCUCACUGAGGACAGUCAGGAUAGGAAUUACCUCACCAAAACACUUUUAGUGUAUUUACUGAUGACCCUUAACCUCCACACAACUCCCUUUGUCAUUGUAAAUUCUGUAAAUAAAGAAGUUUUCUUAAGA